UGUUGUCGCGGUAAAUUUACAGGAGCCACGCGGUUAGACAGGAUACGUUAACCACAUGAAUUUCUGCCUUUGAGAAUAGUUAGUUGCAGUCGAUAGAGUUAUGGCUAAUUACCAUAUGAAGCGAAUUAAUUAUAAACGAUGCUUGUUAAUAGUUUGACAAACAGACGACAAAUUUAGUCACGGUAAUAUCAACGUGUGGAUACCAAAGAACGACAUGUCCUGACUUGUCCCGCAUGGUGGCUAGGCCAGUCAAAUGAACUGCGUUUUUACAAACAUCAUCAUGGAUAACGUUAACGAUUUCCCCUGCCAACUCUUCAGUUGUUUUUUCAACGACGGUCCUCCUGAUGCUAAACGUGGUGGGAAUGUUGGAGGCUGGAGAUUUUACAACCAUGUGAUCGGACGUGAGGAUCAUCGGUCUGUACAAUGGCAGGCGCAAAAUGAAGUCAAGGGAGAGCGGUGGUUGGCCACACAACCGCUUGUAUUGCCUCUGCUGCCACCUAACGAAGCUCAUAUCUACUCAUCUGGCCUCCACGCCAAAACAGAGCCUAUGGACUUCCUUAAACAUAUGCAGAAUUUUUACCAGGAUCAUUCCACAUAUGCCUUUCAAUCUAUGGGCCACCUCCUUUUGGAGUCCUUUUAUCCUGAAAAGAGACAUAGACAGACAUAUGAAUUUCUGCGGUGGAGGCGGACCGUUUUGAGAGACCUCAAGUAUACUGCAUGCCCUGUGUCAACUACACGGAUGAGGACUCAGUGUUAUGACAAUGUUUUUGGGCAUGACCUCCAUGACAUUCCUCCUCCUCUCCUGGCUGAGCUGCUUCAUGAGGAGUUGGUGCAUCAGGGAGAGCAGGAGGAGCUUCAAGAGGUGGCCACCGGGGGCGCUCUGAGCUGCUUCCUUGUCAGAUUCAAACCGACCCUCAAGAGGUCUGUCUCAUCUAUCCCAGUAAUCCAGGCCUCCAAACACUCAAAAGACUUCCACAAGGUGGAGCUGAAGUCAAGCAGGGCUGAAUCGCCACAGCUACAGCUAAGAGGUCAGCCCAUUGCCUUUGACCUGACUGGCCCCAUCAGGCAAGUGAGCACAGGGACCCUGCAGGAAGCUGUUUAUGUAGGGGUGCGUUCAGACCACUUCUGUGGUGCUUGGCUAGUAGGUGAUUCUACGAAACCACGAGCCCUGGAGGUUAUUCAGACGAAGGAGCCAGCUACAUGCCUGGUUGUAAGCCCCCAUGUAUCAAAAGAGCUGCUUGUGGCCAGUGAGAGUGGAGCAGUGUAUCUCUGGACUGUGGGAAAAGGACUGACCAAAGUCAGAGAGGAGGACUCUAAUCUCUACUUCAAUGCAAAGUCUGCAUGGCGGUGGUGUGAGUUCUCUGCUCACCCUAGAGUCAUGGUCUACACUGACCGAACGGGAGCUGACCUUACAGACUUCAGGACCAGUGAAAAUCAAAGUUACACCUUAUUUCGCAUUGGCAAGGUCUCUGAGGCCAAGCGAGGGGAGAGAGUAAUCAUGUCACGGUAUCUCAGUGAGGUACAUGCCUACCACCAUCUUGUUACCACUCAGUAUUCAGCUUACAUCAUGGAUGAGCGUAUGCCAUCUGUGCCCAUGCUGAAAUGGGACCACUUCAUGGAGAGCCCUCCCAUGUUCGCUCAUGUCUUGCCUGGAACUUCACCUCGGAGGAAUAACCAGCUGCUGUUGGGCUCUCAGAAGACCCAGGAGCUAAUGAUGUUGCAGUACUCAGGUGGCCGUGAAGAAGCCUGUGCAGCCCGAGGUCCCCAUCACAAACUACUCAGCCCUAGUGAGACUCUGCCCCACCUGCCUGUCAGAUUACCUCACAAAAACCAGACCGCUCAGGAGAGGCUGUCUCUGCCAGCUGCUGGCCUGACGGCCAUCCAGAGCAGCCAGCAUCUCUGUGUGUUGCAGCUCACUGCAGCCGGAGACGUGUUCUACCAGACCCUCGGGCUGUGCUCGGAAGGCCCUGCAGAGGAUUCCUCUCGGUCCUCUGAAAGGCAUGAGGCGGAGGAGGGUGGAGACAGAUGGCAACCUCCUGUAUCUAGUGAUUGUUCAGAUGAAGAUUCCGAACCCAGCCAGAGGAGAUCUCCUGGUGGUUUUGAGGUGGUAGCCAAUGUCAGCGCAGAGCAUCUUUCCACUUAUGAGUUGGAGAAUGAAUGUGGUCAGCAACUUACCCAAUCUUUAGGCUCGUCUGUCCAGCCCCCUGUUAUGGCCGCCAGUCUCCCAAGCACCCGGUUGCAGCUCAACAAGGAAGUACUUCGCGAGUGGAAUGAGUGGCUUUCCGGUCUAGAUAGUUUGCCGGCCCCGAAGUCACACUUCUCACAUUGUACAAAACACACCAGGGACAUGGGCGUCUAUGUUGAUCUUCAGAGCGACCCACUUAAGGAGCCCAGAUGCCAGAGUGUGCAGCAGGACCUGAGGAGGAGCAUGAGCAGGGGGCAGAUUCUUGUCCACUCAUCCACCCACUUGCCUCCACUCACCAUCACCCCUGUCCCUGGAGUGCUGGAGCCCUCGGAGUGGACCGACGACCUGAGCCAGAGACUGAGCGAGGCGUGGCAGGGCCGGUGGAGGCAGUGGUGGGAGGACAAGCUGGGCCUGAACCGGGAGCAGAAGCGGGAGGCCCUGCGCCAGAAGCGUCGGCAGGAGAAGGCCAAGGGACGUCGCCGCGUGUCACUCGCCAGGAGUUUCACCUCCUCCGUCAGCUACCAGUCUGACUCGGAAUUUUCUGGAAUUUCCAGCCAAAACCUGGGCUCGGAUUGGGACGAAGACGUAACAAGCCGUCCUGGUUCCAGUAAAAGCGGAGCACUCUCACCAGAGCUCACAAUCACCUCAAAUCUGAGUUUAGGGAAACCUCUUUUCCAGAGCACACAGUCAUCAGAGCCGCUGCCGGUCAACACCCCUCACCUUUCCGCUGCAGCGCAGGAGUCUCCCCUAGUGGAGUCGUCUGAAUUCCCUCCGCUCCUCCUGUCCGCUGAACCCAGCCGGCCUUCCAUGCUGGGCUCGGCCCAGAAGAGACCCAAACGGACAGAGCAGGAUAUUUUGCAGUCUCUGUUUAGCUCUCAGGAGGCCAGUCAGGCUCUGCUUGAGGAGAGCUCCCUCUCUAUGAUGGCCCCGUCCUCCCAGCUUUCCAGCUUCUCCUCCUCCCAACGACCCCCUCAGAUCCGGGCGUCCCUCUCACAAGCCUCCCUGCCUAAGAAAAAGAAGACACGCAUGGGCUUCUAAUGAGAACGACAGUGCGUUUUGUAAUGCCCCCCUCCGGGAUAGUUGGAAGCUCUGGGACACUGUAGUAGCUGCUGUGCAGGUUCUGCGCAGUGCGUCGGGAGACGAUCCACACCAGCUUCUUGUGAUCGGGCUUGCUGCAUUCCGGUGAGGAGUAUUCUGAUAU